AUGACAAAUCAAACGAAUGAGAUUCCAGUAUAUAAUAAGACACCGCUAAUACGUGAAUUCCUAUCAACCGAUCCAGAUUCCCCUCAGACAUAUGUAAAGUACGAGACACUACAACCAGGUAGAAGUUUUAAGAGUAGAGGUAUUGGUACUUUGAUCCGUUCUAGAGUAAUUGAGACUAGAAGAUCUGGUAAUAAGUCUAUCCAUGUAUUUUCAAGCUCAGGAGGUAAUGCGGGUUAUGCUGCCGCUGUAACAUGUAGUCGAUUAUCUCUCCCAUGCACAGUUGUUGUUCCCCUGACUACAAAGACCCAUAUGGUCAAAAAGAUCAGGGAUGUCGGUGCCGAAGUUAUUGUCAUUGGAGAGCACUGGAAAGAGGCAGAUUCUCACCUAACUAAUGAAGUUAUUGGAAAAAUUGACAAAGAAAAGACUGAAGCGAUUUAUGUUCACCCAUUUAAUGAUCCGACUAUUUGGGAAGGACAUUCUACCAUUGUCGAUGAAAUCGUAGAGUCUCUAAAUAACGACCAAGUGGAUAUUUCCAGAGUAAAAGGUAUUGUCUGUAGUAUUGGUGGAGGUGGUCUUUACAAUGGUAUUAUGACAGGCCUGUGUAGACAUAACUUGGCUGAUAAGAUUCCAGUAAUUGCUGUAGAAACUAUAGGAACAGAUGCUCUAUCUAGAUCUUUGAAACAAGAUAAAAUGGUUACCUUGGAUAAAAUCACAAGCAUUGCUAGCUCGUUGGGCUCCGUAUAUGUUACUCAAGAGACAUUCGAAUUUGCAAGAAAAUAUGCAACUAAGUCAAUAACAUUAACUGAUGAUGAAGUGCUUAAGACAAGUUUAAAAUAUACUGAUUUUUCCAACUAUAUAACUGAGCCAGCUUGUGCUGCGGCUAUUCAUUUGGGGUUCUAUCCUGAAAUCACCGAAAAGGCACUAGGGCAUAGGCUUGACAAGGAUGAUAUAAUUAUUAUUAUUGCAUGCGGUGGUUCUACAUGCACAUACAAGGAUCUUGAAACCAUGGCUACCAAAUCCUGA